GAGAAAAGCCUGACGGAGCUUCACCUUACAUUUCUCUCUUCUGCUGUCAGCGAUGGCCGAUGCUGAUCUGAUCGAGGAGCUGGAAUGUUCCAUCUGUCUGAGCAUUUAUACCGAUCCUGUAACCCUGACAUGUGGACACAACUUCUGCCGGGACUGUAUUAAUCUUGCUCUGGAUGAACAGCAAUGGUCUGAAGGUUAUUCCUGUCCGCAAUGUAGAGCAAACUUCAAGAAACUUCCCGUCCUUCAGAAGAACACAAGUUUGGCCAACAUAGUGAAGCUUGUACUACGUGAUCCACCAUCUCAGAACGUCUUCUGUACUCAAUGUAUUCACACUCCUGUACCUGCUGUCAUAUCAUGUCUGAUGUGUGAAGCUUCUCUGUGUGACGAUCACCUGAGAGUCCACAGCAAGGCACCAGAACACGUCUUAUGUGACCCCCCCACCACUUCCCUGGAGAACAGGAAAUGCUCCGUCCAUAAGAAGAUCCUGGAGUAUUACUGCACUGAGGACUCCUCCUGUAUCUGUGUGUCCUGCAGGCUGGAUGGAGAACAUCGGGGACACCAGGUGGAGAGUCUGGAUGAGGCCUCUGAGAAGAAGAACAAACUGAGGAAUGUUCUGCAGAAACUGAUGACAGAGAGACAGAAGACGGAGAAAAGAGUCCAGAGUCUGGAGGAACACAGGAGGAAAGUACAAGGAAAAGCAGAUGAUGAAACAGAGAGAGUCACUGUCCUGUUCAGAGACCUCAGGAGACGUCUGGAAGACCUGGAGAAGAGAGUCCUGAGGGAGAUCUCCGGGCAGGCAUUGUGGGUCUCUGUCACCAUGUCAGAUAUGAUCUGGGAUCUGGAAAUAAAGAAGGAGGAGCUGUCCAGGAAGAUGGGGGACAUUGAGGAGCUGUGUAACAUGACGGAUCCACUGACUGUCCUCCAGGAAUCAGACACAGGUGACUUGUGUGAUACUGAGGAUGAUGAGGACAGAGAGAGACGUGAUAAACUCCUCCAUGAUGGAGGGGAUCUGGAUGUGGAUGUGGCGGGGGUCUUACACACAUUACACACAGGUUUAUCUGAUAUCAUACAGCAAGUGUCGGGGGUUACAGACAUAUUACUGGAUGUGAGUACAGCUGGUUAUCAUCUACAGAUAUCAGAUGACAGGAAAACUGUAUCCAGGUUAUAUAAGAGCCAGAAUUACCCAGAAACACCAGAGAGAUUUCAGUGUUCUCAGGUGAUAAGCAUUCAGAGGUUCUCCUCAGGGAGACAUUACUGGGAAGUGGAUGUCGGGGGAUCCAGGAUCUGGAGAGUUGGGAUGUGUUACCCCAGUAUAAACAGGAGAGGAGAUCAGUCAGAGAUUGGAGAUAAUAAGAAGUCCUGGAGUUUGGAGGGGUGGGGUAAUCAGUGCUCAGUGGUGCAUGACAAUAACAAGAUACCAUUACCCAGCAGUGUCUCCAGUAAGAGAGUCAGGAUAGAUCUGGAUUAUGAGGCCGGGCGGAUCUCCUUUUAUGAUCUGUGUGACCCGUUCCGACAUCUCCACACCUUCACCACCACCUUCACUGAGCCCCUCCAUGCUGGGGUAUGUAUAUGGUCUGGUCAUGUAAAGAUAUUGCGGGGGAAUCAGAUGUGAGAAAUCUGCUCAGAGACUGGUGACCUCACAGGGUGGAGAAUCCGAUUGGUGCGAUACUCAAUAGAGGGAAGCAGAGAACAAGAAACAAUUUUACCGAUUUAUGUAUAAAGCUGCAGGUUCCGGGGCCGUCAUCCUUAUCCUAAACCUCACUUCACCUCCUAGUGUGUCACUGACCAGGAACAAGCAUGCAGGAGGGCAGAGUGUUCAGACUUCACUGGCUGCAUGCUUGUUCUGGGUCAGUCACACACUAGGUAGUGUAUUAGGAUUGGGAGCCUUCACUUUUAAUAGUGUAUCUAUAGCCGAAAUGUGUAUUAUUUUCCGUUUUGGAUGGGGUGGGGGAGGAUUAGAACCCCUGUCAGGGU